AUGGCCGAGUGUUGCUGGCUUCAACAACUCCUCCAGGAACUCCACAUUCCCUUCUCUAUAGUGACAGUCGUCGACUGCGGCAAUGUUAUCACAAUCUACAUGACCCCCAACCCUAUCCACCAUAAGCGCACGAAGCACAUCGAGACCGACAUCCACUUCGUGCGCGACAAGGUCGCCAUGGGGAACGUGCACGUUCUUCAUGUUCGGUUCUGUGCAGCGUUCGGCCUUCGCCCGCACAUCAACGCCCCCGACACACCCCUCCCCAACGAUCCGCAGUGGGUCGUCGCCGACUCUUGCUUCAAGAGUUGGCUCUUCGGCUCCGUCGGUGACUCCGUCCCCGACCUCGCCUUGGGUGACUCCACCAUCUCGGAGUACUGUCAGCACACCAAGUUGAAGGCUGCUGAACUCCGUGCCGUCGACCACCCUAUCGAGGGUCGCUCCGUCGUUUUCUCCAUGCUUCGUGAGCUCAACCCUCGCUUCACCAGCACCAUCGAUGACAUCACCAACUCCAUCGUCCUCCCGUCGUUCUCCCGCGCCCACGACAUGGUCGUCCUCAAGGAGACCCGGCUGUCUCACGACGAGAAGAGCAUCGCCAACACUGCCCUCCUCGCGUCCGCUGGCUCCAGCUGCACCAGCCUGGGAUUAUAUCAACACCUAUCAGGCAACAAGAAGAAGGGUGGCGGCUCGCAGAGGGGCAACAGCAGAGGCAACGGUGGUGGUGGCCACGGACAACAGUCGGCAUCCAGCGGCGCCUCCACCAACAGUGCACCCCAGCCCUAA